AUGGCUCCAUCCAUGGAGGGGGUCACCAGCGCUGGUGAUGGUGAGCCUACUGGCUUUGGAUCAGCUCAGCAGCUGACAAAGAUAGGUUCUCGGAAAGCGCAUUCCAAGCUCCUGCUGCUAGUGCUGCGUGCGUGCGCUUCUCUCUUGGACGUGCUUUUUGCUGCCUGUGAGUUGGGGGUGUUCGACCUGCUCCCCAAGGCCCCGGAGCCGCCUGGCUCAGCGGCGAUGGCUGCACGUCUGGCCACUGGCUCCCACGGGACGGAGCUUCUGUUGGACGCCUGUGCAUCCCUGAAGCUGCACCAAGAAGAAAUGCGGAGAGGAGAAGGUAGGUGUUGUUUGGCAUUUUACAGGAGGCGUUUGAAGUUUGCACUCAGAUGCCUUUUCUGCAAAGGGCCAGAGAGUCAGUGUUUGCAGAAUGUGGGCCAUGUGGUCUUAGCAGCAGCUGCUCUGGGGGCCUUGGAGCUCGGAGACCUGAUGUUUGUAUCCCAACACCGAGCUGUCCAGCACCUACCCGGCCAGGGCCAGCCCCACCUGCCAGUGCGACGUGCUUCUGUCCACGGCGGGGACCACCUACGGGUGCUGGAGGCACCUCAUGGGCUGUGGGCUGUGCGGGAGGCCUGGAGCGUCCACGGGAGAUGUGUGCUCACCGCCUCUGACCCAUCACUGUUCCGUGUCAUCUGUGACCUUGGGGGAACAUGGAUGGAGCUGGAGGCUGUUAUGCUCAGUGAAAUAAGCCAGGCGGAGAAAGACAAGUAUCAGAUGAUUUCAAUAAGGAUGGAAGGCGGUGACGUCCUUGUAAUCGGAAGCCUCCUGGACGUGGAAGUGUGGGGACCCCCCACCACACAGCUGUACUAGCUCAACAUGCUGGUGCACAUGGGGGGCCGGGAGAGGACGUUCGCCCAGUUCCCCUCCUUCCUGGCAUCCGCUGGCUUCUGGAACCCCCAGAGCAGGGGCCCCCUGGGCAUCUAUGGGGCCAUCCUGGCCAGGAAGUUAGCCCCCCGUGGCUGCAGCUCCCACCCAGGUGCGAAGAGGUGGUCAUGCUGAUGCUUCUUGGUUUGGGCGCCCAGCCGGUGGCUCGGGGUGUUUGCUGACCGUUACCCCCUGCCUGUCACCUGGUGGACUUUGUCCUGUAUAACAUGCAUGCAACCCGUGACAUCGAUGUGCAUCAUGCGUAGGGCCCGCCAGGCUGCUUAAAGCCAAAUCCUUCCUGGGCGCAGCCUCGGCCAGGGAGGGGAGGCGGCAGGUUGACAUGCACCAGGGUCACUCAGCCUCCCACGCUUGUCUUAGAUGCAGCCACUGCAUGUGCCGGGGUGGACGUUUGUUUUCGCGGCCACAGCAUGGCAGGUAGA